GAAGUAUUUUUAUAUCUAUCAUUACCAAAGCAUUAUUUGGAUUGAUAACGUCUGUUUUUGUAUCUACCGUUACCAAAGCAAUAUUUCAAUUGAUGACGUCUGUUUUUGUCUCGUGUUAAGGAAGCAAUGGCGGAGAGUGUUGCUGGAUUCUUGUUUGAAAAGCUAAGUGCCCUUCUGACUCAAGAAGUAUCCCUACUAAGGGGAGUACGGACUGAAGUUGAAGAAAUCAAGCUCGAACUUGAAAACAUGCGAGCCUUCUAAAGGGAUGCUGAUACAAGAUAGGAUAGCAAUGAAGGAUUGAGAACCUGGGUGGGGCAAGUAAGAGAUGCUACAUAUGAAGUGGAGGACAUCAUUGAUGAGUUCGUGUCUCGCAUGGACAGGCCACAACGUGGUGGAUUCAGGGGUUUUCUCCUUAAUACCAUCACUCUCCUUAAGAAUAUUUGCUACAGGCACCGUUUUGCCACUCAACUGCAAGGUCUGAAGAGAAAUAUUGCAGCCAUUUCAAUGAGAAAAGAUCAAUAUAAUCUUAUUAAUACAGAAGAUGGAUCGAGCUCACAGAAUGCCAAUGAAAGAUAGAAACAUCAUGGAGAAACUGCUCUUUAUGAAGACGAUGAUGAAAUUGUAGGGCUCAAAGAAAGAAUAGAUCAAAUAGUUGUAUGGUUGACAGAGGAAGAACCAAGGCGUACUGUUAUUUCUGUGGUGGGGAUGGGUGGUCUGGGUAAGACCACUCUUGUGGCGAAAGCUUACAAGCAUCAAAUGGUAAAGAAGCAUUUCGAAUGCUGUGUUUGGGUUUCUGUCUCACAGUCUUACAAUGUGGAAGGACUUCUAAAAAGUGUGAUAACUGAUCUGUUCAAGACAAACGAACUUGAGAUUCCGAGCAAUGUGGGCAGCAUGAAUCGCUUACAACUAGUGGAGAUGGUGCGUAAUUAUUUGGACACAAAGACAUACCUUGUGGUCUUAGACGACGUAUAGAAUGUAGAUGCAUGGACAGAUCUUAAUAUUGCCUUUCCACGAAAUAAAUGUGGAAGUAGGAUAAUGCUUAGUACUCGAAUUGAGAAUGUUGCCUCUGCAUUAGGUGAUGGAAGCCGUCUAUUUCCACUUGAGCGUCUUCAAGAGAAAGAGGCUUGGGAACUCUUCAGUAAGAAGGCGUUUUGGAAGGAACCCCGUCCUCCCGAGUUGCAGAAAUUGGCACGAAAAAUUGUAGAAAAGUGUGGAGGCUUGCCACUCGCAAUUGUUUCUUUGGGCAGCCUCUUGUCAUUGAAAGACAAGGCAGCAUUGGAGUGGAAUCGAGUCUACAGAAACCUGAGCUGGCAGUUGACAAAUGAUCAAAUGCUUGAAAGAGUAAAGCACAUCUUGUUGCUUAGCUUCUAUGAUCUACCCUACCGCCUUAAGCACUGUUUCCUCUAUUGUUGCAUGUUUCCAGAGGAUUACCUAAUUCACCGCAAGCAGCUGAUUAGGUUGUGGGUGGCUGAGGGUUUUGUGGAGGAGACAGGUAAACUUACCAUGGAGGAGGCGGCAGAAGACUACCUGAAGGAACUCAUGCAUCGUAACAUGCUUCAGGUUGUUAAGACGAACGAGUUUGGAAGGGUGAAAACUUGUCGAAUGCAUGAUAUUGUACGUGAAAUGGCCUUAUCCUUAUCAGAUGAAGAGAAGUUCUGCAUGAUAUAUGAUGAGAAGCAAGGCAAGAAGGCAAAGUCCGCCGCAUGUCAAUCUACAGUAGUGGAGAAAUUAUUCAAUCUACUGCAGAUCUAUUGCAGUGUGUCUCUAGUUUGAGUUUUGAGGAGAUUAGCAAAGGUGUUGAACAUGUGAAAAGAGUAAAAUGCGUGACCAAAUGUCAUAAUCUUCAUCAAGGAUGUAGAGCUGAAGGGCGUGUAGUGACCUCACCAAGAAUGUGGAGCUAAAGGGUAGCCUUUGUCUUGGGGGAGAGGCUUCGGAGGUUAUUAAUGUCUACUGGGUAUAUUUUUAGCAUGGAAUUUCUUGGACAAAAGUCUGUUUCUAUGAAAGGUGUGUUUGUCUAUACAUAAACGUAGCUGGAAAUGGGUUUUAUAUAUGAUUAUGGGCUUUGCUUAAUAUGGUUGUUAUUUGGGUAUGGCUAUGGAUAUUGCAAAACAUGGGUUUUUUUUAUCAGCAUGGUUGAAAAGUUGACUUUAGAC